UGUUUCCAUGUGCCCUACUCAGCUCUGACCAUGUUCAUCAGUGAAGAUCAGAAGGAGAGGGACUCUGCCACUGCUUACAGAAUGACGGUAGAGGUUCUGGGUACUGUGAUUGGCACAGCCGUCCAGGGUCAGAUUGUGGGCAUGGCCAACGCCCCCUGUAUCCCGACGCCCGGUGAUAAUGUCACGGCGGACGGGUUAAACUCCUCCCUGCUGCUGGAACAGGAAGUCAACGCCACGAUCACCACUGUCAUCACCCUGGACCAAACGAAAACGGCCUACAAUAUAGCCUCCGGUGUCAUCUGUUCCAUCUACGUGCUCUGUGCCGUGGUGCUGUUCUUCGGAGUCAAGGAGAAGAAAGGUAACGCAGGGUGACCAUUUUAUCUGCCCAGCCCUCAAAUCAACAACCCCCCCUUUUUAUAAAUAUUAAAUGUGUUAACUUUGAGUCGUUACCGCUCCAUGUUCCUAGUAUAUUUAUUUUUAUUAUUUUUAUUAUUUUUAUUAUUAUUUAUUUAUUUAUAUUCUAUAAUGAUGAGCUCGUGGGAAUUCCCCAACAUUCUUCUAAACCCUUUUGUAGAUGUUAUUGAGAUCGACAGUGUGGUGUGACGACGACAGUGUGGU